AUCAAAUUCAUUUUUGCUUUUGUUGUGGCCAUCUUCCGCUCACUUCAACCUUCAUCGAUCUCUCUCUAUCUAAAAUGGCGAUGGAUUGGUUGAGAAAUGCUGUUCCAACAGGUGAAUUCAGCUUGAUUUUGCACUGAAUCUCUCUCCAUUUCUGUGUUUCCGUAUAGAUUUAAGUUGUUGUGACGUCUGUGUGUGUUCAGAGCUAAGGAAGUGCAGUAGAAUAGUACUGAACCACAUAAUUUUAAAAUUUUCCUUUUUUUUUAAAUUUUUUUAUUUCUGGUGUAUUUAACUCCGAUGAUUAGAUGCGUAGUAACGAAAGGUGAUUGAAGGAAUUUUGAAUGCUGUAUGCAAAUUCCAGUUAAAGUAAAGUUGCAUUGAUUUUGUGUACACACAGAGAGUAAAGUGGGGGGGAAAAUGGGUUGUUGGUAUUCAAGGUUAGAGAGAGAGGAAAUGGUGUCUAGAUGUAAGGCUAGAAAGAGAUACAUGAAGCAGUUGGUGAAGGCGAGGCAUGCCUUUGCCGCCGCCCAUAGUAUGUAUAUAAGGUCCCUCCGCAACACCGGCUCCGCCCUUCUCCAAUUCGCCACGGCGGAGACCAGCCUCCACCACCACCCCCUCCCGCCGUCAAACCCUUCCCCGCCUCCACCCCCGCCCCCGCCUAACAACUUACCUCCUCCAUUCAGCCCUAUGUCCUGGACCACCACCUCCACAACAACCUCCUCAGCUAUCCGCCCGCCACCUCCUCCUCCUCCGCCCGCCCCCUCUGCGUCCACCUGGGAUUUCUGGGACCCCUUCAUGCCGACCUCCAGGCGGCCGGAGGGCGAGGAGGAGUGGGAGACCACUACUGCCACUGCUUCUGAGGCGACCGUCACCCACACCACCACGGUGGCUUCGCAAAAUGUGGCUGCCCCUCCUUCUGUGAUCACCGCCACCACCACCGACACCAGUGCCAGCAGUGAGCUUGCGGUGGUGGUCUCGACGAAGGGUAAAGAUCUGGUCGAGAUCAUUCGAGAACUGGAUGACUACUUCUUGCAAGCUGCCAAUGCUGGUGGUCCACUCUCUGCAUUGUUGGAAGUUCCGGUUUGUAAUUUCAAUCGCCAAUCUUCAUUAGGUAAGGAUAAUGGAUAUGGAAAGAGUUUGACUCCACUAUUAUGGAGUUGGGGUUCGGGCAGUGCAAAGUGGAAUGCGUUUGGAAAGUUCUGUGAGGAUCCUAUCGGAAACUCAGCUCAGGUUGCUGCCAAUGGAAAUGCCACCCACUGUUCAACAGUCGAGAGGCUAUAUGCCUGGGAGAAGAAACUUUUCCAGGAGGUUAAGAAUGCUGAGUAUUUGAAAUCAGAGCAUGAGAAAAGAGUGGCAGCUCUCAGGAAGCUAGAGAUGAAGAAUGCAGAGUAUAUCAAGAGUGAGAAGGCGAAAAAGGAAGUCGAGAAGUUGGAAUCGCAGAUGAUGGUUGCUGUCCAAGCGAUUGAGACUACCUCCAUAGAGAUUGUCAAAUUGAGAGAAUCUGAGCUUCAUCCUCAACUUCUUCAGCUCGUCAAGGGGUUAAUGAUCAUGUGGAGAAGCAUGUAUGAAUUCCAUCAAGUACAAACACACAUAGUCCAGCAGCUCAAAUACCUCAACUGCAUUCCAUCAACGUAUCCCACCACUGAAAUCCAUCGACAAUCAACACUUCAGCUUGAGCUCGAAGCCCAGCAGUGGCACCUCUCCUUCUGUAGCCUCAUCAAAGCUCAACGCGAAUAUAUUCAGUCAUUGACAGGCUGGCUCCGUCUCAGCCUAUUUCAAGUAGGUAACAAUCCCAUCAGCAAGUCCAAGCAUGGCUCCACCAUGUACUCUUUCUGUGAAGAAUGGCAGCUUGCAAUGAAUAACGCUCCAGACAACGUGGCAUCUGAGGGAAUCAAGAGUUUCCUAACAGUCAUCCACGCAAUUGUAGUGCAACAAGCGGAGGAACAAAAAGAGAAGAGGAAGUCAGAGUCGGUGUUCAAGGAGCUCGAAAAGAAGGCAGGCGAGCUCCGGUCGUUAGAGAGCAAGCACGGCCCAUCAUAUGCAAUGCCAGAAACCUCCGGUGACACAAGCAAAGAUCCCGUGAGAGAGAAAAGAGCCAAGGUGGAGGCCUUGAGGUCCAAGGCGGAGGAUGAGAAGGCCAAAUAUGAGAAGUCGAUCAGUGUGACGAGGGCGAUGACCAUGAACAACCUGCAGAUGGGUUUGCCUCACGUUUUUCAGGCGAUGACGGGUUUUGCCAAUGUGUGCACUCAAGGUUUUGAGUCCGUGAUCAACCAGUCGAAGAGCACUAAUGAUUUGCACAAUGUUAAGAUGAUAUUACCUUGAAAUAAUAGAUUAUUUGCAGAUCUGCUGCAGUUGGCUUAAGCUCUGAGAGGCUUAGUUUCAACACCAUGUAAAAAAAAGCUCAACCCCUACAAGGAAGGUCUGUUCUCUGCAAAUCACAUCUUCUCUGAGUGAUCAAAACGAUUUUCAGCUUGUGUAAUUAUUCUUUGCUAGUGUAGUAUUUAGGUGACUAGUGUUGAAUUUUAGAUUUUUGCUUUGAAUUCAGUUGUGGAAUAUGGUGUUUCCGACCUGGAUUGUUCUUGUAUCAUUUUGAGAAGACAGAGAUCCAUUUCUUUGACAGUUUUGAAAAUUGUGCUCGAGUUCUUUUUAAA